CUUUUCAUUGUUCAUGUCAUGUGUCUGUCGCUGCGUGCAUUUGUCCAAGUAGAAUGUCUGUCUGUGCUCAUCACGUCUCUCAUCUCACCGCGCUUGUCUGUCUUUCCCAUUCCCCGUAUGCCCCUCCCCCUCUCCACCCCGACACCUUGCAUAAAAGCUUAAGCGGGACGGCCGCAUCCGGACGGACACACGGGCGGCAGAAAAGCCGAUCACAUUCAUCCAUCGCGCAGCUGACGCUCGCUGAGACCUUCACAUGCAAUUGCUUGCGCUGGCUCAUGUCUGACUGACCCUCUCUGCCGUCUGUCUGUUCCUUCCUUCAAAUAAAAGCGUCACGCCUCGUCCGUCAUAGAGCAAGGCAGCCACGUAUUAGAAAGCCGACAGCCCCAGUGACCGACCCAUUACACAGACAGACAGACAGACACGGACAUACACACGAUACACAGAGAUGAGGCGACAGGAUACCUGCUAAAGGAUGCACCACCAACAUGACAUGAACUACCUGACUUACUGCGGUGCGUGCACAUACUACAUAUAUACGGCACGCACAAACACUUCAGCAGCCAGCCGUCGUCAAAUCAGCUCAGCCAGCCACAACAAACAGUCAUGAGUGAAUGGAUGAAUGAGAACCUGCGGGUUGACCUGUCUAUCAUCUCUCCCCUCUCCAGGUAAACACAUACCUUAGUAGUACGGAUCCCUCUCUCUGUCGUCCUUGUACCUGUCGCCCCCAUCCCUCCCAUCCCUGCCCACCACCUUGCCCGAGUUCUUGCCGUUGUUGGGGUGCAUGUUGCGCACGCUGCUCUUCUUCUGGCAGCACGACGUGUACCCGCCGUGGUAGCCGCUGCCUCGGCAGUCCUUCUCCCACACGUACCCGGCGCAGUGGUAGUCAUUGAUGCACUCCUCCAUGCAGGCGCUCUCCGACAUGCCCAGCUGCAUGCCGUGGCGGUCUUGGCCGUUGAUCUCAUAGCCGGGGUGGGGCUCGAUGCAGGCCAUGCCGUCCUCGGAGGACCAGGCCAGAGCUGCCAUGACACCCAGAUGGUUGGCCACCUCCUGGGGGUGCAGAUGCUUCAGCCAGCAGCAGCCCUGACGUGACGAACACACACAGGUAUGCCGACAUCCAUCGUGCGGUGCGAGGCAGCUGUGUUGGUUCGAGCGGCUUUUGUGUUGACGUACGAAUGUGUGUCCGCCAUGUCCGCAUCGGUGCAGCCAUGCGUAUCCGCCGCAGUCGUGUCGGUCGAGGCACGCCUUGCCGCACUGCCCCUCCGAGUGGUCGGGCAGGAAGUGCAGGUCGUCACCCGGGUUGAGGUCGUGGUAAGGCUUGGGCACCAAACAAUCCUUCUCCUCUGCAUAUUAUAAGCACAACACAGCCAGCCACACAAUUCCGAGUGCUCGACCCCAGCCUGCUGCUGUGCCGUGUCAUGUCAUGCGUGGUUCCCUACGUGGGUUGGUGACAUCGCUGCCGCACUUGACCUGCACGUGGUAGUUGCCCUCGGCCAUGCCAAAGCCGCCCACGUACAAGAAGUAGGUACCGGGCGCCAGGUUGAGGGUCAUGGCCGAGCAGAAGGUACCCAUGCCGCACUCAGAGUCAGCAGGCGAGUAGGGCGCGUCAUCGUUGUAGAACAGACUAAGGGAGAAGACAGACAGAGAUGGAACAAUGCCCUGGCUGAUCCCCCUCUCCCCCUUGCUUACCAUUUGUCUCUUCCCUGGUCCGGAUGGCAUCCCUUGGUGACUGCUACGAUGGUGUCGUACCUGGUGCCCUUGGACACCGUGGAGACCUCCACGGGAAUCUGGCGGUGACGACGGUAGUGGGGCUGGAUCUCCAGCUCGUACACCGCCUGCUUCGUGUACGGGCCGAACGAACCGCAGUUCUGCAGGUAACCUUCGACGCUCUGGAACCCACGAACAAACAGAACAGAGAGGAGAGUCAGAGUCAUGGUGCAGGGCAUGCAUUUGUGUCUUGCCCGCCUCACCUGCAGAAUGGUGUUGUCGCUGAUUUUCGACCCACACUGCAGAGUGCCUUUGAAAGCCCCCGUCUUUGCCAGCUUGGGGCGGCACCCCUUCGGCAGGUCCUUGCAGCAGUUGCCCUUCCUGCCGUCCCCCUUGUCGGGCAUCUUGGUGGGCACGCAGGGCGGGGCCUUCAUCUUGUAGCCAUCGAUGCACGGCUUGUUGCGCUCGAGGAUGGCCUGGGGACAGCAGCCAUAGUAGCCACCCGGGCGGUCUUCGCAGUGGUAGCCGCCGCACUGGCCGCAGUACUCUGAGCAGCAGGCCGUCCCCGCAUGGUUGAUUCUGCCGCCGACGACGUCGCAGAUCUCCCCCUCGUCCAUGUAAUGAUUGGGGUCUGAGCACGGAGGGAGGAAACAGAGGAUACGGGAGGGAGCAUGGGGUUCACGUUGCCAUCUCGCGUGGCGUACCGAUGAGGCUUUUCGCGUAUUCGUCGGUCGGGGUGUAGCCCCAGGAGAAGGCGGCGCUCGAGCCGCCGCCCGGCAGGGCGGUGUAUUUCCUGUCCCCCACCAUGCUCAUCGCGUCAGACGAGUAGAAUGAGCACUUGGGGAGCUUGUGCUUCGCCAGCGCCACCUCUGAGUAGGAGCCAACCACCCCACCGCUGCCAUUCUUGCCGUUCUUGUCGAUCUUGCUCGGCGGCACAUCAGUGUAGUCGGCGAGGCACAUGCGGCAGCAAUGUUGCUGGCAAGACCGAAAGACAGACAGACAGACAGACGUGACGUGUGGUCUGUCUGUUGCAUGAGAUGAGGCCUGGCUGGCACUCGUGAGUGCCUGUACGUACCGCAGAUCCAAACAUGUUGCAGCCAUCGGUGUCUGGGGCGCAGCUCUCGUCGUAGAUGAAGCGGUUGUUCUCGCAGAACGCCUUGGAUGUGCUGCCGCAGUAGUUCUCGUCUGAACCACCACCCUCUGACAACAAAGCACACAGACAGAUGGGAGGGGCACGAGUGAGUACUGUACGCCCUUGCAUCGUCCUGAGCAGCAGUUCUGCAUCGUACUCUUCGACUUCUUAUUGGCGAGACUUCCAGAGAUCAGCAGAGCCAAGAUCAGGGGAGCCGUCUUCAUGGUGGUGGUGGCAAGCGUCAUCUCUCAG